CUCUCCUCUGGAGUUUACUGAGAGUAAAUGUCAACGUGCUUACAGUAAAUAAAGGCGACGGCGCGCAGCAGCACGAUACGAGUGAGCCAGAGGAACUCUGCCUGUAAAACGCAUCACAAGCCAAUAGGACACGAGGGGUGGAGAGAUGCGAGUUAAAGUGCUAAAAAGAAGAGACUCUUCAAACUGUGCCUGGCUGUCAAGGGAAUGGCAAGACAAGAAAUUUGGGAUUUUACUUGAUUUCAGGGUGUGCUGGCGUGAAUAGUCUUCCCACAGAGGCGUGCGCAUUUACGUUUUUUGGAAAUCUAGGAGAAACCAUCCAGUAACUUUUACUCACCAAGAAUGACAGAAGAGAAGUCCUUGACUGACCAUCACCGCAGUCCAACAGGCAGCGACAGCUCCAUGUCCCAGCAUGGCUCUGAUUCAGAGUCCCCCACUUCUCCGGCAGGUUCCGACGCACAGGGGGAGGCAGCGCGCCGGUCCGGGAUUACGCGCGAAACGGAGAGCAGCGUGGAGGAUGAGCGCUUCCCCGCUUGCAUCCGCGACGCCGUUUCACAAGUGCUAAAAGGUUACGACUGGUCGCUGGUACCGAUGCCCUCUCAAGGGGAGAGAGGUAUGAAGAGCAAACCUCACGUGAAACGGCCCAUGAACGCGUUCAUGGUUUGGGCGCAGGCAGCUCGGAAGAAGCUGGCGGACCAGUAUCCACAUCUGCACAACGCUGAGCUCAGCAAGACGCUGGGCAAACUGUGGCGACUUCUCUCUGAAAGCGAGAAGCGUCCCUUCAUUGAGGAGGCCGAGAGGCUGAGGCUGCAGCACAAGAGAGACUACCCAGACUACAAGUAUCAGCCUCGGAGGCGCAAGAGUACCAAGCCAGGACAGGGGGAUUGCAGAACCGGUCUGGUCCAGCAGCAGCAUCAGCAGGGCUUGUAUAAGACAGAACCAGGGGUGGCCAGGCUGGCUGGUGUAGGAGAAGUGCACCAUCAUUACCAUGCAGACCGUACAGGUCAGUCUCAUGGACCUCCAACACCUCCCACUACCCCAAAAACCGACCUUCACAUGGGGAGCAAACAUGAGGGCCACCGGCCUAUGGACAGCAGCGCCGGCUCUGUUCCUCCCACAAGCCGUCAGAACAUUGACUUCAGUAACGUGGACAUCUCUGAGCUAAGCACUGAUGUCAUCAGCACCAUUGAUGGAUUUGACGUCCAUGAGUUUGACCAGUACCUCCCACCCAACAGCCACAGCUCCACUGUUCUAACCCCACCAGAUACGAGCCACGGACAUAACAACCCUCCUGGAUCCUUCAUCCACGCUCACUCCCAGAACAUUCCCACAUGGACACCCAAAUCCGGGAUUUCCACUGGAAUGCCAUCAUCCUCUUCCAGUCGUGACCUGCACAGGCUCCAAGAGGACACCAGUCAAAAACCUCAGAUUAAAACUGAGCAGAUGAGCCCAGGUCACUACAGCAGCUCCUGCACUUCCACUCCUCCACCUCCUCAACCUGAGUACACCUCUCUCGGUUUGGGUAUCUGCCCUUCCUCUACUUCCUCCUCAUCCUCCACCAACCAAUCCGAUUACACUGACCUUCAAAGCUCCAGUUUCUACAGCGCCUUCUCUGGGUGCCCUACUCAUCUGUAUCAGUACCCAUACUUUCACUCCUCUCGCAGACCUUAUUCCACACCGCUUAUCAACAGCCUGACCUUGGCACCACCUCCACACAGUCCUCCCUCUGGCUGGGAGCAGCCUAUCUACACAACACUCACCAGGCCUUGAAGAGACCCUGCAAAAGUUUGUCCAUAUGGACCAAAACUGGACUACUCAGAUUGUAACAGAACAAUGGCCUGCAUUAAUGACUUAUGAGACAAAGUUUGGAGAUUUGAUGACUUAAAAGUUUACUCCUGAGGUUUUGACCAGCAUGGUGUCUGCAAACCGCUUCAGAUAACUCUUGUUGUGCAUCAAUAUAUUGUGACAUUUGUUCAUUUCCGUGAAAAAAAAAACAUUUGGAUUAACAAAGAUUCAGUUGUUUGACUGUUUUCUGAGUAAAAAAAAAAAGAGAAAUGACAUUUAAACCUGCAUUGGACUCUAUAAUGUUCCAUUAA